AUGCCGCUGGCCGCCCUUGACGGCAUCAGGGGAUGGUUGGUCUUGGAAAUGGCAGUAUCAUCUGAAGAUGAUCGAAGACUCAUCAAGGCCGCCACCAGGAACCGACUGGCCUAUAGCGAAAUCCGACAAGCCCUCCUUGGCCUGUUCGAAGAACGUCUUCAAGGCAAAGGCUCUGGAAAAGUUCCAGGUCAUGGCGGACUUCGUUCGAAUGGCUCUCAACGAGCCUACUACCAAGACUUUGAGACGGAAGAGACCUAUGACCAGAACGCCGAGCACUAUGGUUUCUACUCUGAGGAGCCCUACGGCCAGGACUACAUCGCAGAGAAUGACGAGGAGUGGCAAGGUGAAGAAAACUAUGAGGCUGAAGAGUGGGAGAACGAAGAAGAGAUGGAUGAAGAACUCCUUCGACUUCAUCAAGAACAAGAAGAGCACGAGAAGAACAAAAUGGAGUUGGAAGCAUUGCUUGGUGAGACCGACCGGAACCUCAUCGAGGCCAGAAAAGCAGUGGCAGCCGGCCAGAAGGAUCGCGGCUGGACAGGAACAGUUCAACAACGGCAACCACGGUCAACAACGACCUAUCCAUGGAAGGGAAAUCCAAAAGGCCGUGGAAAAGGAAAACCUCAGCAUCUUGGAAAAGCCCGUACCCAGGAAGGCAACUGGGUUCAGGGCGGAAAAGGAAAGACAAAGUUCACCUACGGCAACAACUACAGCAAGGGCAAGGGCAAGCACACGAAAGGCAAAGGCUAUGGUUCGAACUACAGUAUGGGCAUGAUGGAAGUGGAAGAAGAAUUCGAUGAUCAAGGCAUGUAUCCUUUGAUGAUGGCAGCAACGCCAGCUUCGAGGGAACCUUGCAAGCAAUCACGGUUGCCACCACACCAAUCCUUGGUGGACACCGGAGCUACUGCUACUGCCGGCGGAAAGCAAGCCGUGCAGGAUUUGUGCAAAGCACUUGUCUCGUCACGACCAAACCUUGAGGUCACCGUGUUUGAAACAGCGCGACCAUGGUUUCGAUUCGGAAAUGGCAAGUGGGGCAGAGCUUUGUACAAGGUCACCCUCAAGGACCCCUUCACAGAGGUUUCCAUGUCCAUCUAUGCACUUCCAGCUGUUGAUGUACCAGUUCUCACCGGUAUGAAAGAACUUCAGCAUCUCAACUGUGUCAUCAACUGCACCACCGGGCUCUACGACAUGGCGGAGCUGCCGCUGAAGGAAGAAAUUCGAAAGGCCGUGCGGGAGGUGGUCCAGGAAGAGAUUCAACAAGAGUACCAGUUGAUCAAGACUCCGAAGAGCAAGGCAAAGUCCGGCUAUGUCAAGCCGAACGACUUGGCGAAGAAUGCAACGUCCUCGGCAACUCCACCAGAAGCUGUGGCGAUCCACUCGGAGGACGACGACGACAGAUGGAAUCUCCCUGAGCUUCAGCACUUCAUCAAGCAGUACCAGAAGGAAUUUGGCCCGCUCUAUUUCACCCAGAUUGAUGGCUGCCAACAUGGUAUGAAAAGCCCUGAUGGACAAUUCAUCCAGAAAUCUUGGUUGGUGAUGAACAAUGAUCCUGAAUUUCAUGACCGUUGUGGCCGAAAGUGCGACCAAUCGCACACUCACCGACCAGGAGGGAUGAUCGGCAUGGGUUCCAAAGCUGUCUCCGAGACCGCCUUCUACCCGAAAUCCAUGGUGGAGGGCAUAGCUCGGCUUUGGAAAUCACAAUGGCAAAGAAACAUCAAAGCUUCACCAAAAGAAGUCUACAAGGCCAUCAUGGCGAUUGACAACGACAUGGAGCUUGAGAGAAAGGAGGACCGAACAGGUCAAGAAAGAAAGAGGACAAAAGGAGAAAGUGAGCUUCAGGCUGUACCAAAAGAAGAAAUAGAACAGACCAAGGCUAUGCUACAUCGACUCCAUCGAGCAGCCGGACACCCGAACAACCGCUCUUUGGCAAGGCUAUGUCAAGAUCGAGGUCUACCACCUUGGGUCACUCAAUUGGCCCUUGAGAUGAAAUGUCAGGCCUGUUUGGAGACGAAGAAGGGUGCUCAGAUGACAUUGCCCUCUUCGAUUGAAUCCCGUUCUCGCCCAUGGCAAAUGAUUGGAUUGGACACCUUUGAGCUGUACUUCCCAAAGCUCAAAACCAAGGCGAGAUACUUGUUGAUGACAUGCCUGACGAUGAGAUUCACCUCUGUUCACCUUCUAUGGCAAGGCGACGCAGCCGCGACAGGAACAGAAUCAGGACAGAAGCUCAUCCAUGCUUUUGUGGAAGGAUGGCUACUUCAUCGACCUCGACCUGAGUGGGUGAUGGUGGACGCUCAAACAUCCCUGGCGAAAGGCGACUUUGCAGCUUUCUGCCAGUCCAUUGGCAUUGGUGUGACUGCUGUACCUGGAGAAGCUCACUGGCAACAUGGCAGCACAGAGUCAAUGGUGAAGGCUCUCAAGAACACCAUGAAGAAGGUGAGAAGUGAGCAUUCAAGACUAAGUCCAAAGCUUGUGGCACUAUUGGCCUCCUCCGCACAGAAUCAUGGUGAUCGAGUUCGAGGAUACAGCCCUGUUCAAUGGGCAUACGGCUUAGAACCUGGAGCUUGGCAUUUGGAGCACGACCCUUUGGAGGUGAACACCAACAACGGCAUGAACACAGCCGAAUUCUGGAACCACGACCUGAAGGAGAACCUGAUCCUGGAGAAGAAGAACAAGCAGUCCCUCCGGAUGAAUGGCAUGGGCCUUCAGAAGGACAGAGUGCAGGUUCCCGAUCACGAUCAAGAUCGAGAGAAGAUCCCAUCCGCCACCACUAUACUCCCAGGUGGCCGCUGUGAGUUCACUGUGAGGCCUGGUGGACGAAAGAGGAAAGUGCAAAACUACAACCUUGACGAUGAAGAGGGCAAGGAAACUAUGACCAUGCAAGCUCUUUCGGAAGAAACUGGCAUGGACAUCUACCAGCUCUUCGACAUAAAGAAUGACAACAUGCCGCAUGACUACACCAUCUACAUGACACAGGAGAAAUUCUGUGGAGCUCUUCGACCAGUCACCAUAGAACAAGAAAGUCAAAGAAAGAUCACAGAUCGACUCAGCCCUGCAGAGACAACACAGGCCAGAGCACUGACCAUGAAGGCACAAUGGAGGGCCAUCCAAACGGCCCCACAGUUCUGCGCCCGCAUAGGCCUAUUGGCCUCAUCCUUGAAGGACCCCACCAUCAAGGAGCUCAAGGAGGCGAAUGCCAUCAUGAGAGAACUUCGAAAAACUUCCAAGGAAGACUUAGUGAUGCACUCCUUCAAUGCCUGCCGGAAGCGAAAGUUGAAAUGGAAUGAUUUGAUAGCUGUUCACUUUGCCGACGCUGGUUUGAACAACCGUCCAUGCGGCGGCGCUACAGGUGGACAUGUCUCCUGCCUCUCCGACCCUUCCGUUCUCACAGGAGCCGAAAGCAAGAUGUCGAUGAUCGACUGGAGAAGCUGGAAGCUGGAUCGUCCCAGCAAAGGCUCCAACGGGGCCGAAGGUCAAGCUAUCUACGAGGGCGAAGAUCGUGGAUGGCGUCUUCGUUUGUUUUGGGCACUCCUGAAUGGAGAAAAGCUGACGAGGCAAAAUUCCAACCUCUUGGCCAGCAUGACAGAGUCCCUCCUCGUGAUGGACAGCAGAGGAUGUGACUUGAACCUUGCCGACAGUUUGACGAAGGCCACGUAUGAAAGCUUCAAGAUCAUGGCCCUUUACCACACGAAGAAGACUUGGGCCGUACGUUUCAACCAGGAGUUUGUGAGCAAUCACAUGUUCGUGGGCAUCCAAGAUUUUAUGGCAGAGAACUUCUACACUCCAGCCUUUGACAACUACGCUGUCAUCACUGUGAUCUUUGGCAUCGCUGGUUUGGACACCUCGGGCAUUAAUGUUUAUGACCCAGGCGCUUUCAUUGGCACACCUAUUUUUGAUGACAGCUUUGACCUCACUACCAGUGAGGCGCAGACUGGAAUGCUUGAUAUUUGCUCAAAGUUGCGCACCAUCACCUGCGAUUUGGAGGGCUGCGACAACUCUGGCUAUGACACCUUCGUGAUGCAGACGACUGAGAGGACCGUGUCGUGCUUCUUGGAGGAUUUCCAGCAGUGGCUGGGCGGGCCAUUGCCGACCGGUGCCAACUUCACAACUCAGCUUCAAGCAUUUCGCAGUGCAGCGGACAAAGGUGCUGCCUUGAUCGGAACAUAUCGGAACGCUCUUCGGAGCGAGGACAUUGGCUUUAUUGACGGAGAGCUGAAGUAUGUCGCGCUUCACUUCCGGAGUGUGAUGAAGAAGCGGCUUCCGUUUUCCAUAGGCAUUUCAAUUGAAAAUGGUUUAUUGAAACUUGGCGAUUGCCUCUCAGGAGCUCUGCCAAGUAGUCUCAAGAGUAUGAAGUUCCAUGGCAACGGAGAGUUUCAGAGGUACGACAUGGGCGAAGAGUUGAUCAACGGACUAUUCUCGGGCAUUGCCAUUGCAAUGCCAAUUUCAUUUCUUGUUCUCUUGAGCUCAACACAGAACGUGGUUGUUGCAAUCUACGCCGUCCUCAGCGUUGGAGCCAUUGUUCUUUGUGUCUUGGGAUUCUGCAAGAGUGCCAUGGACUGGGAUCUUGGUGUCGGUGAAGCGAUUGCUGGUGUUAUCGUGAUCGGUUAUUCAGUGGAUUAUGUGGUCCAUUUGGCGCACAUGUAUAGCGAAGGAAUGCAUUUUGGCCACCAGACGCGUGAUGAACGUGCCAAGUUUGCAAUUCGCAACAUGGGCUCUACAAUCUUCGCAGGUGCUAUCACCACGAUGUUGGCGGGUGCCACCAUGUUUGUUUGUUGGUUCUAUUUCUUCAUCAAGAUGGCACUGCUCAUUUGCGUCACGAUUAUGUACUCCUUCCUAUUCUCAUUGGUGUUCUUCAUGUCGCUGCUGUGGACAGCAGGACAGCCUCACUGCACACCAUGGAUUGAAUGGAACGUACAUGCAAAAGGACCAAGAUCGGUCGGCCGACCGUAA